UUCAUAUCACGUUAUCAGCACCCUGCUCUAACUCAUUCUGCUUGUUGGCGUUAUCUCUUGUUUUGGAUGCUUCUACAGAUAUUUUGGAAUUCUACUUCCACCACAUAUUCAUCAAUCCAGAUACAAUGUCAAAUUUAUCAAAACUCGAAUUUGUCGCACUCGACAUCUCGGGCAACAACUACCCCUCUUGGGCUUUUGACACUAAAACUCAUCUGGAAGCAAUGAGUUUGGGGGAGACAAUCAUUGAUGGGAAUAAAACGUCCCUUCAAGAAAAAGCUAAAGCUAUGGCAUUCCUUCGCUUUCAUCUUCAUGAAGACCUAAAGAGGGAAAACAGUACUGUCGAGGACCCUCUCGAGUUAUGGAAAAACAUUCAAGAAAGAUUUGACCACCUGAAGUUGGUCUUACUCUCUAAAACCCGCUACAAGUGGGUUCAUUUAAGGCUACGAGAUCAUAAGACUGUUAGUGAGUACAACUCUGCCUUUCUUCGCAUCACCUCUGAGCUUAAAUUAUGUGGUGAAAAAAUAACCGACGAAGACAUGCUUGAGAAAACUUUCUCAACGUUCCAUGCAUCAAACAUGCUCCUGUCGCAGCAGUAUAGGGAACGUAAAUUUACAAAAUAUUCUGAAUUAAUAUCAUGUUUGUUGGUCGCGGAGCAAAACAACAAGCUCCUACUACAAAAUCAUCAAGCGCGACCAGUCGGUGCAAGCCCAUUGCCAGAAGCCAAUGCGGCAAAUUAUCAAAGCGGACGUGGGAGAGGUCGCGGUCGCGGGCGUGGUCGUGGACGGAGCAAUACAUGGCAAAGAGAAUCUCAAAAUUCUAAAUCUAGUGGUGGCGAAUCGAGCCGACAAAACACGGGACGACCUCCUAGAGGGAGAACCAGCGAGAGCCAAAACAAUAUAUGUUAUAAAUGUGGAAUGUCAAAUCAUUGGUCCCGCACAUGUCACACCCCUAAACUGUAA